AUGCCUUCGUACGACAUCACCGCUAACGUGUCCGUCUCCGCGGUCAACGUGACCGUCACCGAAGACUCCUCUAUGGUCACCGCCCUCCACGUCAUGCUCAUCACCGUCAUCUGGGGUAUCAUCAUCGCCGUCGGGUCCCUUGGCAACCUGAUCGUCAUAUAUGUCAUGUGUUGCCAUGGCGACAGAUCGGCGACAAGUUAUUUUGUUAUCAACCUGGCGAUUGCUGACUUCGCGUUUAUGACGAUCGUGGUUUCGCUGACCACCUCGAUGUACGGAUCUCUGGACUGGCUGUACGGGAACAAUGUGUGCAAGCUGACACAAUACAUGAUACACGUUAACCUACUAGCCACGUGUCUGACACUGACCGCGAUGACCGUAGACCGUUACUUCGCCAUUGUCCAUCCUAUCCGAUCCAUCCGGUCAAGGACGCCGCAAGUGCCCAUCUUCAUCAACAUUGGAAUCUGGUUAGCAUCGUUUUCGCUCAGCACUCCCUACAUCCUCUACUACCGCGUCGUCACCGACUACUACCGCGGCCCCCGCGUCUACUGCAAGGCGGAAUGGCCCGACCCCCGCUGGCAGAGGGGUGUGACCGUGGCGGUUGUCAUGGCAACCUACGUCCUCCCCCUCACCGUCAUCAUCCUCUGCUACACCCUCAUUCUCAAACACCUCUGGAAGAACAAGGUCACCAGUCGGCGAGACAACGAUCCUCAUCCAGUGGUCAGCGAGGGGACGGCAGGAAACACCACGCAUGACAGACGUCGUCGUAAGGUCGCCAAGAUGGUGGCCAUCGUCGUCAUUCUGUUUGCUUCACUCUGGUUUCCGAUCCACGCCUUCAGUCUUGCCUACCACUUUCACCCCCACUUCCCCAAGACUCAGGUUCUCUACAACAUCAAGAUCAUUGCACACACUCUGUCCUUCUUCAACUCCUGCGUGAACCCCUUCGUCUAUGCCUUCAUGGGCGACGGAUUUCGCCGUGCGUUCCGGAAGUCCUUCCCAUCAUGCAUCAGGCGCAACCGGAUUAUACCCUGGGUAGCGAGCGAAGCUGGACACUCGGCCAUGAACGAUACCCGUAUGACGGAAACCUUCAGAAGCCGAUCAAAUACCCAAAAGAGCACCAAAGCCUAA